UGUAAAAGCAAGUUUGUUAAUCCUCGUACAAAAGAGCAACACUCUUUAACUACUAGCCAACAAUUGUCUCAAACAGAUUUAAAUGAGAUAAGACAACCAGCUCUAUCUAAAGAAUUAAAAAGAGAUGAUAAUGAACUUUUACCUAGCCUUGAUAUAGAUAACUUAUCGUUUUUACCAAAAAAACGCCAACAAACAUCAAGUGCUAAAAUAAAUAUUUUAAAUGCAAAAGAACAAGUUAUCACUUCGGCAGAUGAAAAAGAAUUAGCUAAAGAUAUUCGAUAUAGCAAUAUUAAUGAAUUUGAAAAUUAUUUAGCACCGAACAUUGAUUAUGAAAAUGAAUCUCAACCUAGACUUAGAAUACUAUCUAGUUUUGAUGAUAUAUUAAUUUGGCUAUUAAAAUUUCAAAGUGCCUGA